UUAGCAGCGCUGACAACUUGAAGCUCAUGAUGAAUUUAUUGAGAGACAAGAGCAGAAACAUUCAAUUCGAAGCUUUUCAUGUUUUCAAGGAAAGUCUUCGUAGCAAAUCCAAAUAAGAACAAACCAAUCUUGGAUAUAUUAACAAAGAACCAAGAGAGGCUGAUUGUAUUCCUCAGUAAUUUCCACAACGAUAGACAUGAUGACGAACAGUUCAACGAUGAAAAGGCUUUCCUACUCAAACAAAUACAGGAUCUUAAACCCGCUCAUGACUAGCGUGUGGUGCACCUCAUUCUGCAAAUAGCGCCAAUAGAGAUGACAUGUAAUAUCACAUUUUCCUUUACCCUUUCCCUUUUCUCGCAAUGCCAAUCCGACCGAAAUGUAGACAACCUCCAUCCUUUCUUUUCUAUUCUUUUGUCGCCAUUCGUUUCCUGCCUUAUUCUUUGUUAUGAAAUUUUGCCAGCCGACCGACUUUUUCCAGCUCUGGUUUACCCUCACACGCACUUUCGCAUGAUCCAAUACUUGCAGGAUGAGCUGUGCCCAGCAACGUUGUUCUUGUACAUGAAAGCGAAUAACCGAAAAAUGGAACCUCCAAUUUAUAAAAAAAAGAAAAAAAACCAAAAGCCAAAUGUUAUCAAUGCGCUAAACUUUGAUCGAUUGAAUGACAGGCAGAAGAAUUAUGAAUAGAAUACAAGGUGCGAGAUCAAAUGAAUGCAGAGUAGAUGUCGUAAAGCAAAAAUUGGGUCGAUGAGUUGAUAUAGGUGUAUACAAAGGGUUGAGCGACGAUAGAAAGGCAGCAGCACUUAAUUGCCCUUCUUUCCGCCCUUCAUUGGGUUUCCUUUCUUGUCC